AACACCUGUGAAGAGACACCAGCACCUCCUUUAAACUGGGACGACAGGGAGACUGGAACAGGAAAGAUGGAUGUGCCAAAACCUGGAGUGAUAGCUCUCAGUAAGCGGGAGGGUCAGAGCUACGGCUUCUUCCUGAGGAUCGAACAAGGAGAGGAAGGUCAUCUGAUCCGCGCCUUGGAGAUGGGUAGCCCUGCCGAGCUGGCGGGACUCAAAGAUGGAGACCGCAUCAUCCGAGUCAACGGAAGAUUCGUGGACAACCUGGAACACGGCCAGGUUGCGGAUCUGGUGAGGAAGAGCGGCAUGACUGUCACGUUCCAUGUUCUGGGGGAGAAAGCGUACAAACAGGCCAAAGUCCGUGGGAUAAACCUGGCAGACCCACAGUCCCACCCCACUCUGGCCCAACCCGCCACGAACGGAGUGGCUGCCCCGGAACCGAGGCUCAAACUCUGCUAUCUGCAGAAGUCCACCACCACUGGGUUUGGCUUCUCUGUCAAAUCCAUGAAGGGUGAAGCAGGCUUGUUCAUGGUGGAUGUGCUCGCGGGAGGAGUUGCUGACAAGGCAGGGGUUAAGGUGGAUGAUCGCCUGGUGGAGAUCAACGGAGAAAACGUGGAAGGUGCUACACACGACCAAAUUGUGGCAAAAGUCAAAGCUGCUGGAACAAGUGUGAUGUUCUUAUUGGUUGAUGGAGACACAGAUAAAUAUUACAGGAACAAACACAUCACACUGGGGGCAGGACUAGCCACGGUGAAGCACCUCCCCUACACACCCCGCAGUGUGGAGAUGACCAAGGAGCAUGAUGGUUAUGGCUAUUUCCUCAUGGAGGACCCUGCAAUGCCAGGUCAUUUCAUUGGACAAAUCGACCGUGGGAGUCCUGCAGAGAGAGCAGGACUGUGGGAGAAGGACCGACUGGUGGCCGUGGAUGGCGAGGAGGUGGACCACUGCACGCACGAACAGGUGGUGGACAAAAUACACCAAUGUGGAAACAGAUGCUGCCUCCUGGUGGUGGACGCCAAAACAGACAAAAUGUACAAGAUGGGAGGUGCCUCUCCUCUUCUUUACUGGGAGGAAAUGAGGGAUUCCCUUCCUAAGACGAACCACGCCGAGCCUGCGACCAGCCCUGUCCCUGCCGCACCUGGCCACGCAGAGGAAGACUACAAACCCAAACUGUGCCGCCUGGAGAAGACUGAAGCUGGAUACGGCUUCCACCUCAAUAGCAUCCAGGGAGUCCAGGGACAAUACAUCAAACAGGUGGUGAAAGGCGGAGCGGCAGAGCGAGCCGGCUUGGCAGACGACGACAUCGUGGUGGAAGUCAACGGCGUGAACGUGGAGACGUGCACGCACCAGGAGGCGGUGAGGAUGAUCCGCGCCAGCGACAACACGCUCGAGCUCCUGGUGGCCGAGAAGGCGGCGUAUGACUACCUGAAGUCCAAAGGUGUCGCCAUCACCCCACGGCUGCUGGAUGCGGCCCGGACGCCCAACGUGCUGGAGACCACCGUCACACGAGAGGAACCGCAACCUCAGAGAUCGCCCACACCCCCACUUCAACCUCGCUCAAGGACAUCGUCGUCUUCAUCUUCGGAAAAGAGUGUCGACGAGAAGCUUUGAGAGAGCUCGCCUCUCCUUGUGCCGGAUCUCAGAUGUAGUUUUACCUCAUUGAUUUUUGCAUGAUCAGGGUAAAAUGCCUUUACUUUAAGCAAUAAAUGUUUCCCGUGCUGAAAGGUUUGACCAGAGCACAGCAGGCUUGCCAAAAAUGAAAAUGAAAAAGUACCAGGACUAAUUAAAAAGUUAUUUAUUCAAGUCUCUGUAGGCCUCUCCCUCGUGGAGAGCGAUAUCACUCAUACGUUCACACCAGACGUUGAACAUCUUAAACAAAACGCACACAUCUAGACAGCGUCCCUGGCGUCUCCCCAUCCCUUGCGAUGAUGACAGCAGCCUGGUGUGAUGAAGAGCUGCGUUAUGAAUUUGUAAACUACACCGAUACCCUUCGUAGGCACCCUUAUGCUUUUUGCACAGUAAUGCUCUUGGUAAUUAGUUAUACUAUCUUCCCUUUUAUAGUUAACAUUUUUUUUCCAAUUCAGCUGACAUUCAGAUUUCAGUGUCAAACCCCAGCUGGCUAACACAGGCGCAGACUCUGGUCCGGAGGACCUGAGCGUUCACUCAGAUUAAAAAGGCCAAUAAACUGAGUACGAAACCAA